CCCUGUCUUGAAAAGAAAAAAAAAAGUUGGCUGCCUAGCCCCUUUUAUCCUAGGAGGAAUAUUUUGGGUUUGGGGUUUUUUUCCCCUUUGGGGGUAGGGGUCGACCAAUUUCUGGGACCCAUUGUUUCAGUAGUCUGAUAAUACAAGGAAGGAUAGUCACACUAUUUUCUUGUUAGGUGUUUAUACAGUGUGGUCCUUUGAAAGUAGGACAUACUUUUGAAAGUAUGUCCUGGGUGAGAUAUCACACCCACCACACUUCAUUCACCCACCAGGACUUGGUGGCACAGCUGUAGUUGCAAUUUCCCUAUAGGAAAGCCUGGGAAAUGUGUAGUUCAGGCUGAGAGUCCACUCAGCCACUUAAUCUGGACAAGUGAUAUGUAUUGCUUGCUUAAUUUAAAGAAUAGGUUUAUUUGCUGGCUUUCACCCAAGGCGGGGUUAGCUGAGGGUUUCUGUCUACAACAUGUCUGCCAAGAAACAAACAAAAUCGUCCCUGAGGACUUGACCGCUUUUUCCCAGGUGUAUGGUGAUUGGAGUUCCUCCUUGGAGAGGAGAACCCGAAGCUUCGAGGUCCCGGGUAUCCCCACACUGCCGCCUCAGGUGGCACGCGGCUACUAGAGCUCCCGGGAGGGCGGGCUGCCUGCACACUGGGACCACGCCCACUUGGCCAGAUCCACCCUCCCGACAGUGACCGCGCUGCGGCGGCAGUCUGAGCUUCACAGCCACAGGAUGUCGGUGCCCCAUGGACCCACCCCCGCUCCUGUCGCAGAGCCUCACACCCAGGAGCCAGGCUCGGACAAGAGAGAUGGUCGCCUCUCAGUCUGUACAAAGGUGUGCUAUGGCAUUGGUGGGGUCCCCAACCAGGUGGCCUCCAGCGCCUCAGCCUUCUACCUGCAACUCUUUCUACUGGAUGUGGCCCAGAUCCCCGCUGCCCAGGUGUCACUUGCCUUGUUUGGAGGGAAGGUGUCUGGGGCAGUUGCAGACCCUGUGGCUGGCUUCUUCAUCAACAAGAGCAGAAGGACGGGGUCUGGACGGCUAAUGCCUUGGGCGCUGGGCUGCAUGCCCUUAAUCGCACUGGCCUACUUCUUCCUGUGGUUCCUGCCCCCAUUCACCAGCCUUCGUGGGCUCUGGUAUACCAGCUUCUACUGCCUCUUCCAGGCCCUGGCUACGUUCUUCCAGGUGCCCUACACUGCGCUCACGAUGAUCCUCACCCCCUGCCCCAGGGAGCGAGACUCUGCCACCGCAUACCGGAUGACCAUGGAGAUGGCAGGGACACUGAUGGGAGCCACUGUCCACGGGCUCAUUGUGUCCAGUGCCCACGGGUCCCAGAGGUGUGAGGAUACUGUGCAUCCCAGGAGUACUGCUGUUUCCCCAGAUGUAGCUCGCCUCUAUUGUAUUGCAGCUGCCGUGGUUGCCUUGACUUAUCCUGUGUGUGGAAGUCUGCUGUGCCUAGGAGUGAAGGAGCAGCCAGAUACUUCUGCCCCAGCCUCAGGCCAAGGCCUGAACUUCUUCACGGGCCUGGCCAUCACUUCCCGGCACCCACCCUACCUGAGCCUGGUGGUCUCUUUCUUGUUCAUUUCAGCUGCUGUCCAGGUGGAACAAAGUUACCUAGUCCUGUUCUGUACACACGCCUCUAAGCUCCAAGAUCAUGUUCAGAACUUGGUGCUCAUCAUUCUGGUCUCAGCUGUGCUGAGCACCCCACUGUGGGAGUGGGUUCUCCAGCGAUUUGGGAAGAAGACAUCUGCAUUCGGCAUCUGUGUGAUGGUGCCCUUUUCUAUCUUGUUGGCUGCUGUUCCCUCUGCACCUGUGGCCUAUGCUGUGGCCUUUGUCUCUGGCGUGAGCAUUGCUGUGUCCCUGCUGCUACCCUGGUCCAUGCUGCCAGAUGUGGUGGAUGACUUUCAGCUGCAGCAUCGGCGUGGCCCAGGCGUGGAGACUAUCUUCUACUCAUCCUACGUCUUCUUCACCAAGCUGUCAGGCGCAGGCGCUUUGGGCAUCUCUACCCUCAGUUUGGAGUUUGCAGGGUAUGAGGCAGGAGCCUGCCAGCAAGCAGAAGUGGUGGUCACUCUCAAGGUCCUCAUCGGUGCUGUGCCCACCUGUAUGAUCCUUAUUGGCCUGUGCAUCCUCCUGGUUGGCCCCACUCCCAAGAUGCCACGUCAGGACACUUCCUCCCAGCUAAGCCUUCGGAGGAGGACUAGCUACAGCCUUGCCUGAACUUUAAGGAGACCUCUGUGAGCUGGAAAGGAGAAACCUGCAUUUUCUGGAACUCUCUUCGUUCAGCCCCUGAGCACAUCCUAGCAACUUAGUUCAGGGAUUUCCCCUUGUGGUGGUGACUUUAGUGACAUCUCCUGAAGGGGAUGGUCCAGGAUCCAGGAACUCUAGCCCACAGCUCCUUGCCUGUUGGACCUGGAUCCUUUCAUGCUUGUACCUCAGACUGCUCCACCUUCAAGAAACCUGAUUCUAAAAGCAUCCUCCUGGGGCUGGUAAGAUGGCUCAGUGGUUAAGAGC